AUGAAGAAUCUCCUCUCAUCUCUGAGGGUAAAAGAGGGCGAGGUCUACGAGGCCAACUACGACAGGAAGCCAAGAUGGUAUCGAAGACUGGUGGACGCCGGGGUUGAAGAGAAUGGCAUCAUGCCAAUUCCUCUGGAGCAGCGGAUCUCAACCCGGUACAGCAACCUCUUUACUGUCUUUUUCACCUGCCUUUUAUGUCUGCUCCCAAUUCCGACCGGCAUGCUGGCCACACUUGGCAUGGGCCUGAGCCUGAGAGACGCGUCGCUCAUCAUCCUCUUCUUCGCACUGCUCACCUCUAUCCCACCCGCUUUCAUGGGCAUUGGCGGCAUGGAGACAGGUCUGCGCCAGCUCAUACAGGCCCGAUAUUCGUUUGGUCUCUACUUUGUCAUGGUACCACUCCUCCUCAACGCCGCCACCCUGACGGGGUUCUCCCUCCUCUCGGCCGUUGUGGGCGGCCAGACUUUGAGCUCCUUGAACACGGACAAGGUCAACGUCGACGUUGGCAUCGUCAUCAUCUGCCUCGUCGCCUUCGCCGUAUCGCUGCUCGGGUUCAACGCCCUCCAUCUCUGGGAGCGCUGGGCUUGGAUCCCCAACCUGAUAUCGAUAGUCAUCGCUGUCGGCUGUGGCGGCAGUCAUCUCCAUCUCCAGGGCGAGGCGCGGCCUGCAACGCCGUCCCAGGUUCUGACGUUCGGCUGCCUGAUCGCGGGCUACUGCAUCACCUUUGGUGGCACCGUCUCGGAUUACUCCAUCUAUCACAAACCUCACCGGGUAUCCAGAAUCAGAGUCUUUCUCUACAUCUACUCCGGCCUCCUGUUUCCAUCCGUCCCGCUUCUCAUCCUCGGCGCCGCCAUCGGCGGUGCAGUCCCCAACGUGCCCUCCUGGGAACAAGCGUAUCAUGCCACGGGAGUCGGCGGCGUCAUGAGCGAGAUGCUGGCCCCGGCGGGGGGUUUCGGCAGAUUCGUUCUCGUCGUCCUGGCCCUCAGCGUGAUCGGCAACAUUGCCAUCUCCAUGUACAGCGUUGCGCUCAACCUGCAGAUGCUGCUGCCCUUCUUUGCCAAAGUGCAUCGAUUUCUGUUCAUCCUGGCAACCAUGGCCAUCAUGAUUCCCAUGGCAAUCCGCGCGGCCGAAGCUUGGGAGGAGAGUCUGACCAAUUUCUUGGCAGUCAUUGGUUACUGGGCGGGGUGCUUCGACGCGGUGCUGAUCGUAGAGCUGCUGGUGUUCCGCCGAAUGGACUACUCGACGUACGAUCACGGUAUUUGGAAUGUCGGAGAGAAGCUACCGUCGGGGUUGGCCGCAAUUGGGGCCUCGCUGGUGAGUCUGGCGCUGGUCGUUCCCGGCAUGGCAGCGCCGUGGUAUACGGGUCUCAUUGCGAAAACGACGGGAGACAUUGGGUUCGAAAUGGCGUUUGUCGUGACGGCAAUUAGCUAUAUGCCGUUUCGCUGGCUGGAAAUUAGGUGGAGAGGGCAUUUGUAA